CUCUGAUUUGUCUUGUCCAUUUAACCCUAUACAAAAGACCUAUUCUGAAAGUGAAUAUCUAUCAAAGGAUGGCCAAACUGCUAACAAAAUUUGAUGUGGGUCGCCAACCUGUUAUCAUUCUAGUCAGAACAAUGAUGGAAGAUGAGUUUAUAAAUUAUUAUCCUCGAUAUCCGUUGGCUGGCCAAAUAUUUAUUCAUAAUAUCCAAAAAUAUGAUUCCUCUAUACCAUAUGAAAAUACUCUGAGUUUUUAUUUUGAUAACUUUCACAAAUUUAAGUCCACUCCACAAGAUAUUACAUUACAAUUUAUCCUUGGAAAGGAUGAUGAUGGAAGUAGUAUUAGACCCUUAUUAAAGAAGUUGCUUUAUUAUAGAAAAUAUAAACCAAAACUUUCACUUCAUAUUUAUCGUAACUUUAAAGAAGGUAUCCGAUCCAAUUUCUUCAUGCCUUAUAGGCUAAUGUCUAAAUUCAAAUGGUUUGGUUUUCGAUUCGAUACUGAUUAUAUCUCUAAAGGAUUCAAAAUGAAAUAUCAUGACUUGAUGAGAAGUUUCCCUAUCAUUAGGUUAGAGAAGUUAGAUAAAAAUCUUCAAGAAUUACAUUUAGGUCAGAAGUUGAGAGUAAGAGGAUAUAAUAGUUUAAGAAAACUUUCCAGUAUAACUUUUGAAUGUUGUGAUUUGGAGUCCCAAAUUUCGUGGUAUCUCUCUACAAUUUUUGUGAUUGAAGACUCAUGGUGCAUCAAUACAGCGACUCGAAAGUACCCCAAAACCAGAAUGUUGAAACUUCGAAGGGCAGCAUGUUGCUGUUUCGAAGCUGAGUCAGAAGAGGAAGAAAUUAGACCUUACAAUAAAUAUAGACGCCACUACAUCAUACAGGCUCUUGAUAAAAUCAGACAAUUUUUUCACAACCAAACUGAGAUAAAGCUCAGUGCUCUUUCACUUGAUUGCAAAGGAAGAUUAAACUAUGAUAAAUGUGACGUCUAUUACGAUGAUGCCGAAAGUGCAAUCGAAAAAAUGAAGAAGUGGUAUUCCGACGACACUUGGAUCAGUUUCUAGAUGGUGUUUGUAAGAUUUAGAUAUUCAAUUUCCUAUCUAUUUUUGUAGUUGAUUAUAUUAAUGUGGUAUUAAUGAUAACAUUUUUCUCCUGUAAUUCCUUAGCUAUGCACAAAAAUAUUAGAACUUUUAGUUAAUAAUGUUGAAAACCAGAAUUGUUUAAUAUAUAGAAGAGUGUAUCUAAUUAAUAAUUCUGACUACACGGGUAGAUAGGAUUAUAAAUUUAAGAAAAUCAAUACAGCCAACAGUACACACACCUAAAGAUAACUAGAGUCAUUGUCCGUAAACGUUAUACAGUCUUUAGAUACGUUGCAGUUGUGACUAGUGACAUUAUCUUAGCAAAAAAAUUGAAAGUAUAAACAAAAAAUA